CAGAUGCCAGAGUGACAAUGAAGCUUUGUUGGGCCCACAACAAAACCACUGUUCUUCAGGGACUCAACACACACACAGAUUUACAUGGUACCACCGCUAGAAAGCACACUACUGAAGCUGAUUUUGCACUACUGACUGGAAAAGCAGGAUGGAUUCUUUCAUCGAGCUUUGACAGCGAAGUAUAUGAACAACGCAGCUGGAGCAGUAGUGCAGACGAUGUGACAAGCCUUAGCUUUUGAUGCUACAGAGAACCAGCCAAGAGCAUCACUAUACAACCAUUUGUACUUUCCUCAGGAUCACAGAGGAAGAAAACAAGACAAAUGGAGACGAGCACGAUGCAUCCAAAUACUCCAACACUCAGAUCAGAAGAUGAAGAUGCAAUGGCAUCCCAGGUCCUGGAGAUCAUUGGUGGGAUCACUCUCGAGGCCUUAAAGACUCUGGAGGGGCCUGAUGAGAGAGAUUUGUGGUCAAUGGAGGAGGGAGAUGACUCUGUGUUUUACAGUGAUGAGGAGCAACCUCACCAGGGCAAAACAGAUGCCAACAAGUGCAAACAGCGAGUCAACAGCGAGGCAGCUGUUGAGCCUAGUCAGCAGAGGGAGGAUGAUCCAGGAGAAAAAGUCAUUAUUAACGAACAGAAUUCAGAGAUGGAGAUGAAAACAAGCCAGCAGGUCAUUUGGACUGAAGAGGAAUGCCAAAAGCUCCAGACACCAAAAACUGAACAAAUGCAUUCAUCGAACCCCAGAAAACCAGACCCAGAGUCUGCUCUAACUCCAGAAGACUUAGUGAGAACUUGUGGAGAACUUCUGCAAUCAACCAGCACAACUGUGGACAUGCAAACUCAAUCUGAGCAAAAAAUAUCAACAGAACCAGCAAAUCGACAAAGUAAGCAGGAAGAAGUGACCCUAGAGGCUCAGACACCAAACCCCGACCCCUUUGAAGUAUUUAAUGAGAGUUAUACGAGGGUGAACGGGGAGGCAAAAGUCCCAAAACAGCUGUCUAGUGCUGGACGCCAGAUAUCAGGCGACAGGCAGCCUGACGUUGACCGGAAAGCUGAGCGGGACCACAGCUUUAACGCUGGAUUUCAUCAAAAACCCAGUCCAGGUUCCUUCACCCUGCCUCUGUUGAAGAAACCUGGCAGCAGCGCCACCCAGCAGAACCCCUUCGACCACCUCACUUCUUCCAAAUACAGCACCGUGUCCUAUCGCAAGAUCUGCAGGGGCAACACUCGCCAGAAGAUAAAGGAGUUUGAGUACAUGAUGAUGAAUAAGUAGGCUUCAUGGUCCUGUUUGUGGGCAUAACUCACAAAACAUCUAUGUCAUCUGUGCAGUUCACACAUUUGUUUGUUCUAAAAUCUACCUUUCACUAGGAUUGAAUCUCUGAUGUAUCUUCCAGGGUCACAUAAACCUCACAUACAAUAUAUCUGAAUGAAAGGUUGGUUUGUAUUUGCAUUGUAUUUCACAUCUAAGAAGUACUUGGUACUUUUAAUUUGAUGAUUUUGGAAUGAAAACAGGCAUUUGUGCAACAGAGUAAGCAAAUGUGAAGCUCAAUGCUUUGUAAUGUUAUUAGCUAUAAUAACUACGAUGUUGUUUAGUAUUAGAGCUUCAGUAGCUUAACCUCUGGAUAGAUUAUAAGAAGCUAAACUGUUAGAGUUAAGUAUUUUCAAGAGAUUAUCUAAACAUACAUACUUACAACGCCGAAUGAGUAGUUGAUGAGGAAAAAAUAAAGAAAUCAAUCGUUA